CUACUGUCUCGAAACUCAGUAUUUCGAAUGGGAAUCUCCUCAGAGAGUUUAUAAGCAUAUUCACUGCCACAGAGCGGAUCAUCAGCCCGACUUUCGCGGGAUCCACUCCUCAAGUAACACCCACCUUUAAUAAACAACACUAACUACAACCCUCGAUUCGGUAAUCCAACCGCAGAAGUAAAGCUUGUUAUUGUCAACCACUUCAGAACGUGAUCUGUGUUCCACUUCACAACAAUUUAAGAUGUCAUCAGAAGACGGUGACGAUGCUGAGCUCCGAGCAGCCAUGGCCGCGUCUUUAGCUGAUAUGACAGGUACCCCGGCUGAACGGCGGCCACAACGCCGUCAACAACCGCCUGUUGUCGAUCUGACUGGUGACACUGGUUCCGAGUCUGAAGAUGUGAUGAGUAUCUAUCCCAAAUCAAGGUCUGUUAUUGGGUCUGAUACAGACAACGAGGAAGAUGAAGGAAUGAAAAGAGCGAUGGCGCUGUCCUUGCAGGAAUUCCAAGAGGCUCAGGGGCCCUCUUCUGCGUCCCAGCCUACAGUCGAGAGCACCGGCACUGAUCAGAUCCCCAAUCCUUCUUUGCCAAUUGACUUAGAAGACGAUGACGAGGAUUUGAAAAAAGCUAUUGCGUUGUCCAAAUUAAGUGAAACGAGCAAGCCGGUGCAUCAUUCAGGAUCUCUUGAGUCACCCACAGAGCCAGUCAGCUCGAGCGGGACUUCUACUUCUGCCUCGGCCACAAAUCCCCGGAGUAAGGUCGAUCCGGACGGACCAGUCAAGCCGACUGGUAUACUUGGACUUGACCGGAAGCAGAUGGAGCAAGAACGUCUUGCCAGACUUGCCAAACGAAAAGCUGACGACAGCACGUCACUCAAUGAGCGUACGCCCAAAUAUUCUCGAACUGAUCAGACCAAGCUCCCUCAAGACAGCCCACGUGCAAGCAAUACCGGCGUCAGCCCUCCGAAAACUCCAUCUCUUCAGUAUCCGGGAGGAGUGGUGAAGAAGACAUGGGCGUUCGGCUAUCCGCGACAAGGCGACGAUAUCAAGAUCGAAGAGGUCUUGCAGAAAUCUGAUCUAGAACUUGCAGUUCUAAGCUCGUUCAUGUGGUCCAUGGACUGGCUGUUUUCCAAAACCGACACGAGAAAUACUCGUUUCCUCUUGAUCAUGCAAGCCAAGGAGGACGCGCUGAAACGACAAUAUGAAUCAGAGGCAGCUUCUCUGCGAAAUGUCCGACUUUGUUUUCCACCCAUGGACGGUCAGGUGAAUUGCAUGCAUUCGAAGCUGAUGCUGCUUUUCCAUCCAUCAUACGUCCGAAUUGCAGUACCGACCGCCAAUCUGACAGAUUUUGACUGGGGUGAGAUGAAUGGAGUCAUGGAAAACAGUGUCUUUCUCAUCGACCUACCAAAACUCGGCGAUGUGCAGACUGAAUGCCCAAGGACGGCAUUCUAUGAGGAAUUGGUCUAUUUCCUCAGAGCCAGCACGCUCGACGAAGCAAUCAUCGCGAGGCUGAAGAGAUUUGAUUUCGCCAAAACUGCCAAAUAUGCAUUUGUUCACACUAUCGGAGGCGCACACACAGGAACUGCAUGGGAGCGCACGGGCUACUGCGGUCUUGGUCGCGCAGUCAGAAGCAUGGGCUUGCGUACGUCCCAACCACUAAACCUUGACUUCGUCUCGUCCUCCCUCGGUUCUCUCUCCGAUGACUUCCUCAGAUCCAUAUACCUCGCAUCCCAAGGCGACAACGGCAUCACCGACCUAACCCUCCGCAGCUCCAAAACCUUCCCGGUCAAACACCUCACCAACCCCGCGAAGCUUCUCCCCCAAACCACAGCAUCAGAAUGGAAGAACGAUCGCUUCCGCGCGUACUUCCCGUCCAAAACAACCGUCGCCGCAUCCAAGGGAGGUGCCGGAUGCGCAGGAACGGUUUGUUUUCAAUCGAAAUGGUACGAUGGGCCCCGGUUCCCGCGCAACGUCCUCCGGGACUGCCAAAGCCAACGCCCGGGACUAUUGAUGCACAACAAGAUCCUCUACGUCCGCCCCGAUGAACCCAUUCCCCUUGCGCAAGACAAGGAUACAGUCUGCCCAGCGUGGGCGUAUGUCGGGAGUGCGAAUCUGUCCGAGAGCGCAUGGGGCCGCCUCGUGAUAGACCGAACAACCAAACAACCCAAGCUCAACUGCCGCAACUGGGAAUGCGGGGUCCUGGUCCGUGUGCUCAAGAAACGCGGACAAGCCAACGGCGAGCAGGACGGCGGUGGUGGAAGUGGUACUAGCAGUCGUGCCUCUUCCUCGACAGCGACGGGCAGCGCAUCUCCACCCCAGGGGCAAGCACAGACAGGAACCGGUCGCGAGCAGGCGAAGAGUUUACCUGAGUUGUUUGCGGGGACGGUGCCCGUGCCCAUGCGUGUGCCUGGGCGUCAGUUUGAAGGGGCGAGGAGGCCGUGGUUCUUUUCGGAGGAUACUCGUUGACACAUCUCUGGUAUCGUAGGGUCUUAGUAGAAGGGUUGGGGGAAUUUGCCUGGGCGAGUUUUAGUUUUACUCUUCUCCCUCAGGGAGUUAUUUGCUUGUAUCACGGAUUCACUGGUUCCUGACUUGGGAAGGGGGUUUAGGGGUUAUGGUUGAAAUUUGAAUAAGAAUGAUGGCAU